AGGCUUUCUGAUGCCUAUAGAGUGAGCUCAACUCAAAGGUUUUUCAGCCUCACACUUGCCUGGUAUUUUGCAACAGUCAGAUCCAGCUCUGUGUAAUACUCAGGAAUACUGUGGCAGCAUCUGAUUUCUAGCCCAUUUUUUCUCCUGCAGGUGAUCCAGAAACUUCAACAAUGCAUCUGGAAGAACUCAAAAGACUACAGCAUACCUUGGAGCAAAUUAGUGAUGGAAAAUAUUUACUUGAAAAUCACCAGCUUGCUAUGGAUGUGGAAAAUAAUAUUGAGAAAUAUCAUAUUAAUUUACAGCCCUUGGAAUCAAAAGUGAAAGUCAUUCAGAGAGCAUGGCGUGAAUAUCUACAGCGGCAAGAUAUACAGAACCAAGACCAAUUGGAGAAGCGCAGUCCAUCACCACCUUCUUUGUCAUCUGACAAAAUGAGCAGUUCUAUCAGCAUGAACACCUUUUCAGAUGGCAGCACUCCGGAUGGCAUGGAUUUAGGCAGCGACCCCUGCAGCAGCCGCUCCAGCUCGGAAUCCAGCUCCAGCAAAGCCACCCCCUGCUCGGAAUGCAAGUCCUCCCCGUCGCCCACCAGCCUGGACCUGGCCGCCCUGGAGGACUCCGAGGAGGAAGGAGAGGAAGAGGAGGAAGGAGAAGAAGGCUUCCAGGUGUACCGCAAGAGGAGAGAGAUUGAUGUGUGGGAGGAAGACGAGGAGGAAGAGGAAGAGGAGAAAGAGGAGGAUGGGAACGAUGCCUCCCCAGCCCGGUGGAGUGUAGCCCAGGAGCCCCAGGAGGGGAGGAGGAGGAGGAAGAGGGGCCCGGCCAUGCCGCCCCCGGCCCCCCAGGGCCACCCACCGCCCCCACACCACCCUUUGCACCCCCUGCACCCUCACCCCCUGGACCUCCGGCACAAUGCCAACCUGGGGGUCUCGCCCCUCCACCGCAGGACUGGGCAGCCCCGGGCCCCCCGCCCCCAGAAGGGCCAGCCGGGCAAGCUCAGCAAUGGGAGGCCCCCGCCUGUCUCUUUGGAGGUUCCCUCGGGGGGCCUGAAAGUGGAGCAGGAGGAGGCCCAGCUGCCCACUAUGGACUGGGAGGCGCUGGAGAGGCACCUGGCCGGGCUGCAGUUCCAGGAGCAGGAGAGCCAAAAGAACCAGAGAAGCAACUACACCUCAGCUCAAAAAAAUGAGAGAGAGUCUAUCAGGCAAAAAUUGGCACUUGGAAGUUUCUUUGAUGAUGGCCCAGGAAUUUAUACCAGCUGUAGUAAAAGUGGCAAGCCAAGCCUUUCUUCUCGGUUACAAAGUGGGAUGAAUCUGCAAAUAUGUUUUGUAAAUGACAGUGGCAGUGACAAAGACAGCGAUGCCGACGACAGCAAGACUGAAACAAGUCUGGAUACACCUUUAUCCCCCAUGAGCAAGCAGAGCUCUUCCUAUUCUGACAGAGACACCACCGAAGAGGAAUCAGAGUCUCUGGAUGACAUGGAUUUUCUCACAAGACAAAAGAAACUUCAGGCUGAAGCCAAAAUGGCAUUGGCAAUGGCAAAACCAAUGGCCAAAAUGCAAGUAGAGGUGGAAAAACAGAACAGGAAAAAAUCUCCAGUAGCUGAUCUUUUGCCACAUAUGCCUCAUAUAAGUGAAUGCUUGAUGAAAAGAAGUUUAAAACCCACAGACCUGAGAGAUAUGACAAUUGGGCAGCUACAAGUGAUAGUCAAUGAUCUACAUUCACAAAUAGAAAGCUUGAAUGAAGAAUUGGUGCAACUGCUGCUUAUUCGAGAUGAAUUGCACACAGAACAGGAUGCUAUGUUGGUAGACAUUGAAGAUUUGACCAGUGCGGCCCCCUUUCAAUACCAUUUAGCACCAUUGCUGGAGACAAGACACGCUGAAAGUCAGCAGAAGCACAUGGCUGAGAAAAUGCUAACGAAAUAAAAAGAGAAGCCAUCAGACUAAAGAACGAGCUCGAACUUUUUUUGCUUCUGUGGUUGUACAAACGCCGAUGCUCCUCGUGUGGCGCACAAGGAAACCAGUGUUAGUCCUUGAUCCCGGGCGCCGUCUGCCAAGCACAAGGAACCCUGCACGAAGCCCCCCUUUGAACCGAAUGGUGGACGCACCGCACCAGUGCUUGGUGAAUUGCUCCCGAUGUCUGAAGCUUUAUGUCCAGUGAUUGGCCUAUGCUUUUUAAUUUAUUUGCUGUUGGGUUUUUAUUUGUUUUGUUUUUUACUCGUGCCACUAAAUAUUGGACAGUUUAAUAACCUUAUUGUAGAACAAAAUGUACAGUACUUAUAAACAUUGCAAACAUGAAAGAAGAAGAGAGAGGAUAGUUUAACUUUUAUUUUUGUUGAUUUAGAGACUUUUAAGUUAAAGCAGUAUUUUACCAUUGACUACUUUUUAUUGUCCCACCAUAGUUUUUAAAAAAUGAGACUGUAAUUUGACGGUGCUAUACAAGUAAAAGAAGAAGAACAAACAUAAAUGCCUGCCUUGUAGUGAAGUCGUAGCUUUCAGUAAUAUGUAUAUUUUAAUCAGUUUUCAACAUUUUGUGAAUGUUGACUACCUGACAUUCAUUUUUAGAUGUGCUAUUAACAUGCAGUUGGGUUGAAAGAGCUACCUUGAAAGUUUUAUGUAUAAAUAUGUAAAAUAAAAAUUAAAAAUUUCUUUCA